AUGUUCCUGAGACUAGAAACCACUAAAGACCUAAAACAAAUGAAACAAGAUUUGGUUGAUACAGAAGCUGUAGUCCUUUAUGCCAAGAGAAAACCAACCUUCCUUACAAGUGAAAAUUUGGAGCUGAAAGAGAAAAUAAAAAAACUUCUAAACUCCUGCAAGCAAAUGGAAAAUGAUAUUCAACUAUAUCAACGCCAAUUGGAGACAGAAAAGAAAAAGCAAGCUGAUCUGGAUAAAGAAUUGCAAUCUUCUUUUAAUGAAAUAAGAAAACUCAAUUCCCUCCUAGAUGGCAAAGUUCCAAACGACUUGCUCUGUAAUUUGGAAUUGGAAAGAAAGAUUGAUGACCUCCAAAGUGAACUUAAUAAAGAAACUAAUGAAAAUGAAACUUUGCGAAAAGAAGUUAAAUUGCUCUCAGAAUUAAAACCUUUACCUUCAGAAGUGCAAAUGCUAAGGACAGAGAUACAUAAGAAGUCUAAAGAGCUCACUAUAAUAACUUCAGAAAAAGAAAAAUUACUUUCUGAAGUAGUUUAUAAAGACAAUAAAAUUCAAAGUUUACUUGAAGAAAUGGGGAAAACUAAAGGUGACCUUGCAGCUUCCCAGCUGGAUUGCAAGAACAUUGAUGAAGAAUUUCAAAAUUUCAAAACUCUUCAUAUGGAAUUUGAGCAAAAAUACAAAAAUAUCCUGGAAGAGAAUGAGAAAAUGAAACAAGAGGUAGGAAAUCUCUCUAAAGAUGCAGAAUGUCUUGGUGUAAAGUUUGACAACUCAUUACUUUUUCUUACUUUAAAGCUUUCUGGAAAGACUCAGGAGCUCCAGCAGGAAACAGCCAAGAGUUGUGACAGAUUAGAUGAGGUGGAACAACUGAAGGAAGAGCUAGAAAACAAGGAUUCUGCACUGCGAUCUGUAGAAAAGGAGAACAGCCUGCUAACUGAGACACUACAGGAAACAUUAGAAGAAGUAAAAACUUUGACUCAAGAAAAAGAUGACCUGCAGCAGCUCCAAAAGAGCCUGCAAAUUGAGAGAGACCAACUCAGAAAUGACAUUCCGGACACAAUAAAUACGAACAUAGACACUCAAGAACAAUUGCACACUGCACUUGAGUCUUUGAAGCACCACAAAGAAAGCAUUAACACACAGAAAAGGAACAUUUCUGAGGACUCUUCUGAGACACUGCAUUCAGUGGAUGCUGAGGGACAUAUAGGGUGCUUGUACCUUUUGCCUGCUGACCUGGAAAAAGAAGAUGAACUAAGAAUUGCUCAUGUGCACCUGAAAGAGCAGCAAGACACUAUCGAAAAGCUCAGGAGGGCUGUUAUGGACAAGACAGAUGAACUAGCAGCUGUGCAGAGGGACUUAGGACAUGCAAAUGCUGCUGCAAAAGCGCAGAUCCAGGAACUUAAAGAAAACGAAGAUCAACUUAGAAAAGCCAAUGAUGAUCUUGUGGGAUUCAUGUAUCAAAUGUAUCAAAUGGAAGAAUUGAAGAAGCGACUCGAAACCCAGAAUUCAGUUGUGGAAUGUGCAGAAACAGAGAAGUUGAGGCUGACUAAGCAACUUCAUAGAAACCUUGAAGAAAUAAGAUUCCUUACUUACAAAAAUGAUAGUCUAAAAAUUGAGAAUGAAACCCUCAGAGCAGAACGAGACCAACUGAGGGAAAGCCUUACAAAAGCAGAAGCCAAUAUCGCAGUGCUUCAUAAAGAACAAGUGCAACUUCCUAAUGUGAAAGAAGUCAGUGAAUGUCCAGAAACAGUGAAUACAUUAGAACCACUAGAAGAGCAAUCCAAACCCACGGAUUCAACAUCAGUAGAAAACUUAGCUAUGGAAAAGCUCAGGCUAACGGAGAAACUUCAAGGAGGAAAGAAAGAGAUAAAAUAUCUAACUAAACAAAGCGAUGACUGGAAAAUCUUAGAGGCAUUUCAACUUGAACAUUCCCAGCUCAAACAAGACCAUAAAGAAAUUCUUGCUAAAAUCCAAGAAGCCCAAGACGGAGAAUGUCCCUUGACUAUGGGGGAAAAGGAUGGUGAUACUACAAAAAUAAGUAAGAAAGGACCAAUGAAGAGGCGGUUCAAAGCCAGAUAUUCAGCACCACCAAGAAUAGAUAUAGAAAAGUUGCCUGAGAGCCUUGAAGGCCAUGGGAAAGUGGGUGCCCUACACCAACUACAGCGGAAUCUUCCCUCACAGCAGGACCGCUUCACAGGCCACAUAAGAGAAGUCACAGCCAAACUUCUGGAAACCGAGGAAGAACUUAAAAUUGCUCGUUGUUGUCUGAAAGAGCAACACGAAAAGAUUAAUAGAUUGACAGUGAACCUAUCAGAGAAGGAAUAUGAAAUAUCCACCUUUCAGAUGCAGCUGGAAUCAGCCAAUAAUGAAUUACAGAGAAAGAUCCAGGAGCUUUAUGAGAAACAGGAAAAACUUAAUAGAAUGGAAGCUCAGAAAUCUCAUGAAUAUAUGUAUGAAGUUAAACAAGUUAAGGAGCUACUUGUAAUAAGAGAUCUUAAUGAUUACACAGAAAUCAUAGUGCAAGGACAGCAAGAGCUUGUGGAGAAAGAGAAAAACUUUCUUAAGACAGAUUCUAUUGAUGGCACCACAGAAAAUACAUGUCUAACAGAACACUUGAAAGAGCAACUUGAGGCCAAGAGGUCAGCUCUGGAAAAUGUGGAAAUGCAGAAUGUGAGGUUGACUCAAAGACUAAAUGAGAACCUUGAAGCAAUGAGAUGUGUCAUAACAGAAAGGGAUGACCUGAAGAGUGUAGAGAAGACUCAUAAAACUGAGAGAGACCACCUCAAGGGAAACCUUCAGCUAACUAUCACUAAAAUGAGUUGGUCUGACCUGGAAAAAGAAGAAGAACUAAGAAUUGCUCACGUGCACCUGAAAGAGCAGCAAGACACUAUCGACAAGCUCAGGAGGGAUGUUACCAACAAGACAGAUGAACUAGCAGCUGUGCAGAGGGACUUAGGACAUGCAAAUGCUGCUGCAAAAGCACAGGGUCUCUUAAAGCAAAAGGAACUAAGAAUUGCUUAUGUGGCUCAGAAAGAGCACCAAGAAACUAUCAACAUGCUCAGGGUGACUGUUUCUAAGAACCACAUGAAAGUGGAUUUAGAAUAUUCAGAGACUAACUUUCAAAAGAGAAAAAAAAUUCAAGAACUGAAGGAAAAUGAACUUCAACUUCUUAAAUUAGAAGGAGAACUCAGUGAAGCACAGAAACAACUCAAGGAACAAGGCAGGACUCUGAGUAAGAUAGAGAUGGAGAAUUUAACUUUGGCUCAGAAACAUCAUGAAGACUUUGAAGAAAUAAAGACUCUUGUAACAGAAAGAGAUAACCUAAGGAAAGCAGAGGAGAUACUCAAACUGGAAAGAGACCAACUUAAGGAGAACUUAGAGAAAAUCACAGCUAAAGAUCUAGACACACAACAAGAACUAACAAUUGCUCACAUGCAUUUGAAAGAACAAGAAGAAAAUAUUGAUAAACUGAGAAAGAAACUUGGAGAAAAGGCAACUCAAAUUUCAGACAUCCAGGAUUUAGAUAAAUCAAAAGAUGAAUUACCAAAAAAGAUCCAAGAACUUCUGAUGAAAGAGCUUCAGCUUUUUAAAGAAGAUUUCAGUAAAACUUAUACCAAAAUGAAUGAAAUAGAACAAUUGAAGAAAAAAUAUGAGGCCCAGCAUACAUCUGUGCAGAGUAUGGCUACAAACAAUUUUCACUUGAUUAAAACCGUGUAUGAAAACCUUGAAGAAAUAAAAAAUGUAGCUAAGGAAUGUAAUGAGCUAAGGAAGAUAAAAGAGUCUCUCAAAAUGGAAAGAAACCAAUUCAGAGAAUCCAUAAGAAAAACAAAAACUAGAAACCACAAAGGGGAAGUAAAACACAAAGGAAAAUUGCUAUAUGAUGCAGAACAACACCCUACAGAAAGCCUGAUAGAAAAAUGCCUGAAGAUAAAAGAGCUUCUGAAGAAGUACUCAGAGAUGGAUACUGAUUAUGAGUGCUUGGAUAGAUUCUCUCUUGAUUUGGAGAAGGAAAUUGAAACCCAAAAAGAGCUUUCAGUUAGAAUAAAAGGAAACCUGUACCUUCCAUACUCACAAACCAAACAGAUUCAAAAACUUCUUGCAGUAAACCAAAGGUGUUCCAUAGAAUCCUACAGAGUCAUGAAGAAACUUAAGUAUGUGUUAAGCCAUGUUACAAGGAUAAAGGAAGAACAGCAUGAUACCAUCAAUAAAUUUGAAUUGGCUUUUGUUGAAGAAGUAGAGAAGCAAAAUGAAUUGCAAACUAAAAUUCAGUGUCUUGAUAUGGAUUACAAUGCACCAGCACCCAGAGAAUUAAAGGAUCUCAAAUUGAACCCAAAUAUCGACCUACAUAUUGAGGAAAUUCUCAAAGAUUUCUCAGAAUAUGACUUCCAAAGUAUAAGGACUGAAUUUCAACAACUACUAAAUGAUCAAAAAGAAAUGUGUCAGUUCUUAGAAGAAUGGUUGAGUGCUCCUUUUGAUACAGAAAAACUUAAACUUGCUAUCCAGAAAGAAAACAGUAGCUUAUUUCGAGUGAAUAACUUCUAUAAUGAUAAGAUAACUGCCAUAAUAAAUGAAUCCACAGAGUUUGAGGAAAGAAGUGCUAUCAGAUCAAAAGACUGGAAAUGUGACCUAAACAUCAUGAAAGAAAAAACUAAAAAACUAGUUGAAGACUACCAAUCUUUGACAGCUUCUCAAUCUAGUGUCCGGAUUUGUUCUACUACACCAAGCAGGAAGACUCAGCAUGUUGCCUCAGGAUACGUACAGAUGACUGCAGAGAAAAUUCAGGAACUAGAAACUUCCCUACAUGAAGCUAAAGAAAGUGCUGUACGUAAAGAAGACAAGAUUGUAAAGUUGCAGGGAGAACUAAAAGUGACUAAUGACAUAAUAGCAAAACUUGAAAACAAAGUUAAUGAAUCAAACAUAUGUCUUGAAAAAGCAAAAGAAACCAUUCAGUUACUUCAGGACGAAGUUGCUGUAAGAACUAAACUGUAUAAAGAAGACAUUGAAUACCUGAAAACAAAACUGGUGAAAGCAGAACUAGAAAAGAUGAAAAAUGGCAGAGAACAUGAAAAAGAAAUUAAUUCUACAAAAGCUACUACUGAAUAUCAAAAAGUAAUGAUAAGGGCACUAAGAGAAAAUCUCAGAAGAAAUCAACAGGCCCAAGAUACUUCAACGGAACGAACAAUAGAAACAAACAGUCUGGAUGCUAUGCCAGAUCUGUGGCCACCCUCCUCAAGAAAAGAAACAGAUGACUGCAAAAUGCAGUAGACUUCCCACACUAACCUGGAAUGUUUGCAGUAACUUUAUUUAUGUAUCUACCCAUUAAUGUUAUAG